AUGAAAGCCAUACAGGUGACGAAAUAUGUCUCGGGACCUCAAGACCUCUCUGUGACCUCCCUACCCACGCCGUCCCCGCACGCGACGAAGUACCUGAUCAAGAUCCACGCUUGCGGAACGAACUUCUUCGAUCUGCUCCAGAUCCAAGGCAAAUACCAGCAUCAGCCGCCGCUACCAUGGAUCGCCGGCAUGGAGUUUGCCGGUGUGGUCAUCGCCACACCCAGCACGAACAAGGAAACCGUCGGUGCAGUGGCUAGCAGUCUGGAUGGCACCGUGAGCACGUCGACAAAACAUUCGUACAAGGUGGGCGAUAGGGUAUUUGGGGCCGUCCACGGAGCAUAUUCGACUCAUAUACUUGCUCCGGAAGACUCCCUUUUCCCCAUUCCGCAGGGCUGGAGCUUCGCAGAUGCUGCUGGGUUAUACGUGACAACUCCCACUGCGUACGGGGCGUUGGUUGUUCGAGCGAAAACUCAGCCAGGGGAGUGGGUGCUUGUGCAUGCCGGUGCCGGUGGCGUUGGCUUGUCAGCGGUGCAAAUAGCAAAGGCGCUGGGGGCCACGGUGAUUGCAACAGCCGGGUCAGAACGCAAGAGGCAGGUCUGUUUGGACUUUGGCGCCGACUAUGUUGUGGAUUACCGAGACAAGAGUUGGCCGCAAAAGGUCAUAGCUCUUUGUGAUAAACACCGGACAGGCAACGGCAAGCAGGGUGUGGACGUGGUGUACGACCCAGUUGGGAUGAUCGACCCUUCGAUCAAAUGCAUAGCCUGGAAUGGACGACUACUCGUGAUCGGCUUCGCGGGCGGAACUAUUGAGAAAGUGGCCUUGAACCGGGUCCUACUGAAGAACAUCAGCAUUGUAGGUCUACACUGGGGCAUGUAUGCCACUAAAGAGAAGAAGACGGUCCCCGAAGUGUGGAACGGUAUCUUCGACCUCAUCAACUCCGGCAAGUUGAGGGGCAUCACCUAUACCGACAGGCAUUACAAGGGGCUGGAAAGUGUGCCAGCUGCUCUCAUUGCCCUUGGAGCACGGGACACAUGGGGUAAGGUAGUUGUUGAACUGGGGGCACAGGAGGGUGAAGAAGCCCAAAGUAAGCUGUAG